AAGAGUUAAAAAAGCUGCUUAAAUCUUCUCUUUAGAAAAAUAUGAAACCCAAGGGGUGGAGACCACUAGCUAAAGGAAACGUUUAAAGCCAACUUGGCUUUGUUAUGCAAGUUGAGUUCCUUCUGGGGCAGCAGAGAUGCGAAGUGCAGGCAAUGCAGUGGCUUCAGAGACUGAAUCCUUUCUGAGCAAGGGCUGUGGCGUCUGAGGUUACCCAGAGAGUACCAGACACUGGAGCCUCCACCUCAAAGAUACUGCCACAAGGGUGGCCCGUGAGGUUUCUACUUGACUUCACCCUCUGGUGGGUGGCUGGAGAAGUGCCGCUCAGCCUGGAACCAUGGGCUCUACCAGCAGCCGCCAGAAGAAAGUCUUCAAUGACUCAGUCAGCGAUUAUGUCAACUCUGAAAUCAUUAAGAAACAUUACAACUACACAGGGAAGUUAAACGAGAAGGCAGACAGUGGAAUAAAAGUGACCUCAGUGGUUUUUAUCAUCAUUUGUUGCUUUAUCAUCUUAGAGAACAUUUUUGUCCUGCUGACCAUCUGGAAAACCAAGAAGUUUCACCGACCCAUGUACUAUUUCAUUGGGAAUUUGGCUCUCUCAGACUUGCUGGCUGGGGUGGCUUAUACUGCCAACCUUUUGUUAUCUGGACACAAAACCUAUAGUCUCACCCCUGCCCAGUGGUUUGUCAGGGAAGGCAGCAUGUUUGUAGCUUUGUCAGCCUCUGUUUUCAGCCUGCUGGCCAUUGCCAUUGAGAGGUAUAUCACCAUGCUGAAGAUGAAACUCCACAAUGGGAGCAACAGCUUCCGCUCCUUCCUACUGAUCAGUGCCUGCUGGGUGAUAUCCAUGAUCCUAGGGGGGCUCCCUAUUAUGGGCUGGAACUGCCUCAACCACCUGCAGAGUUGCUCCACUGUGCUGCCCCUCUACCAUAAGCACUAUAUUCUCUUUUGCACCACAGUUUUCACUGGUCUUUUAUUAUCAAUUGUCGUCCUCUACUGCAGGAUCUAUUCCAUGGUCAGGACUAGGAGCCGCAGUCUGACAUUUCGAAAAAACAUUACCAAAGCCACGAGGAGCUCAGAGAAAUCUCUAGCCUUGCUCAAGACAGUGAUCAUUGUCCUGAGCGCAUUUAUUGCCUGCUGGAGUCCCUUGUUCAUCCUACUCUUGCUGGAUGUGGGGUGCAAAGUGAAGGCCUGUUCAAUCCUCUUCAAAGCUGAGUAUUUCUUAGUACUGGCUGUGCUCAAUUCAGCCACGAACCCUAUCAUCUAUACCUUAACCAACAAAGAGAUGCGGAGGGCCUUCAUCAAGAUCCUGUGCUGUUGCAAAUGCCCCUCUGCAGAUUCUGGGGCCAAAUUCAAGAGGCCAAUCAUAGGAGGCAUGGAGUUUAGUCGAAGCAAAUCUGACAAUUCCUCCCACCCACAGAAGGAUGAGGGUGACUGCCCGGAGACAAUCAUGUCUUCAGGCAAUGUCACCUCGUCUUCUUAGAAGUAUCCAUCGGAGGCAUAUUUUAAAGCCUCCCCUUUGAAACCUGACAGACAAGAAGCUACCUGCUCACUGUAGCAACUCCAGAGAGAUGGCCUAAGUGAGCAAGAUAGCAUUAGUUCUGAAGAGGCAAGCAGGGCACUUGCAAGGGUGGAGUUCAGGAAGUGGGACAGACUGUUCUGGCUUGAAAAUAUUUCCCUCUGGAGCAUGUUUUGUCUUUGCACUGAGGCAGACUCAGGAUUGCCAGGAGUAUUCAUAACUUGGAAAGACUGAUGCCUUGGUGAAAUGGUGCCGUGUGUGUGCGAGUGUGUGCAUGACUGAGAGGCAGAAGGAGGAGGGUGGGAGAAUGAAUUGUUUUUUUCUUUGUGAAGAAUGUGAAGUUAUUAUUUCUUUACUUGCAGAAAAAGCCCUGACACAAAAGAUCUUUCUGUACCAAGUUUAGGGAUAGCUCUACUAUCCUGGGUCACAAGUGUUUGCCAUUUGGCAUGUAGCAGGAAGGAGAUCACACCAAUGUAAUCUAGAUCACUGACAACCAUAGGUUGGCAUCACUUUCCUGAGUUUUUAGAUGUAAUAAGAUUUCAUCUGCGGAGUCCAAAGCUUUUCUUUAGCAAGAUCAGUUCUGUGAAGUUGUGCUGAAAAUCCAUAUUACUUUUAAGAUCAUGAGCCAGAUUCUGCAUUAGAUUGCAUUCAUAUAA